AUGAUUACUACUGAAAUCAAUUCAAAAGACCCUCUUUGUAAUAUUGACUAAAAUGAAAACUAAUAAGAGGAUAGGGAAAAUAAGGUAAGCAAAUGAUUAAGUAGAGUCCAAAUGAGUUCAUAGUUGUGGAGGUUGAAAAAUAAUAGGAAUAAUCUGAAUUAUAAGAGAUCUAUGAAGAAUAAUUAGACAAGUAAUAAUUGAAGUUAAAAGAAUUGGAGAGAUUGGAAAGAAUCAAAAAGUACUUAGACAAUAUCAUUAUUAAUUAGAAUACCAAUUACUUUGAAAAGAUAACUAUCUACAAUUAAUGAAUUAUCAGAUCAAUCAAUUAAUAAUAGUUAUUCUCCUUAAAUUGACAUUGAUCAUCAUUAAUCUAAAAUAAUUAAUAAAGAUGUAAGAAUUAAUUAAAACUAAUAGAUUUUAUUUCAAAUCCAAGAAGAAAAUAAAUAAACAGAACCUAAAAAGGUUUAUAAGUAGAAAUAACAAAAAAAGAAAUUAAAAAAGAAAAAGAAGAAAAAGCAAUUAUCAUAAUAAUAAACUCAAUCAUCUCUACUUAUUCCAGAGAUUAAAUACUAAUAAAAUAUGAAUUUCAAAUAUUAUUAUGGAGAUAAAAGAAUAGAUUGUAGUUGGAAAUUACUGUUUAGUUAUUUUACAAUAAUAAUAUUAAGUAAUAUAACCCUAUAAACUAUUGAGAUUAUAAGAUAUUCUGAAAGUGUAUGUAAAUUAUAAGGCAUAGAGAAUAUAUUUAUUUAUGCAAAUUAAUUAUUCUAUAUUUUGGGAAAAAUUGGAUUAUUAAGUUUAAAUUAUCAAGAAUUUACAAAUACUUUACCAAAUAAAUCAAAUAUACCAUUAUUCAAUUCAGUUGUCUUUAGCUCAGUUUUUGUUGUAUUAUCAAUGCCAUUAUAUGUUUUUGAUUUUGUAUUAUGUUAACCAAGGAGUGAAUUAAUAACACUUUAAGAAAGUCUUCAAAUAUUAAAUUUUUUUGAUUGGGGAAUGAUUUCAGUUUUAACAAUUAUUAUUAUAAUGCAUUCUUGUUUAAAGAUUUCACUUAAAAAGAAAACUUGGAAAACAUUGAAGUAAAUCAUUAAAAUAUUAAUAGAAAAUUUCUAAAAGUAAUUUAUUAUUUAAUAUUGCUUCUUGUACAUUUAUUAUAAAUUUUAGUUACUGUGACAUAAAAUUUUAAAUCCUAUUUACCUGCUAUGAUGAUGGAAAACUUUUACCUAUUUUUUUCACUUUUGGCAAUGAUUUAUUUAUCCAUUAGAAAAUUUUGUUUUCAUCAAGAACCCUUUUAAUUCACACAUUAAAAAUUAUCUAAUGAACCUAUGAUAUUAAUUUCAGAUGAAAAAAUAAAUAAUUGGGCAUAAGAAGAGAAAUUCUCAGAAAAUGACUCCAUUAAAUUAACUAAAAGAGCUAAAUUAAGUUCAUCUAUAAGUUAAUUCAAUAGUGCACAAAUUACAAAUACUAAUUUUCUACCUUAAAAAGACUGA